AAUGUUUAUUAUAAGCUUGAAUAAUUACGUUAAAUCAAAACAUGUACAAUUUGAAAAGAAAUAUGAGAAUUAUAUGAAUACUUUUAAGCCUUAUUCGCUCGAAACUGGAUUAUUACACUUUGCAGUAUGCGAUUUCUUUCUGAGUCAAGGAAUGAUAUAUAAUCAUUUAGCAUAUGCUCCCUGGACCCCAAUCACCGAGAAAAUUAUGAAAAAGCUUGCUGAGAGAUUUGGUCAGUUAGAUUGUGCUUCACGAAAGGCAAGGUCUGGAUUAGCUGGAAAUGAAACAUGUGGAGAGUAUCUACAUUUACUACCGUUUACCGGAGAAUUUCAAUUAGAGAGAUACUUUAAUGAGAGCGGAAGACAAAGCAUACCUUGCUCUCAGAAAAGGAAUUCGAUACUGGCUGCAGUAAUUUUCCCUGAAGCAGAAAAUUAUAAAGGCACUUUACCAGAAAAGAUUAAGUACGAUCUAAGAAUGCAUUCCGAUCCCUUGGGUGUGGAGGGAUUUGAUCAAUGGAUGACCAGAACAAAAAUUCUAAAUAGAGAUGGUCCAUACUUCACUUUUCCUCAGCCAUACAUCUACGAACCUCCAAGAGUCGAUAAACCUAAGCAAUUCUUUCUUGAAUUACAAUGGCUAAUUGAUUCUACAAUAAUAGAACUUCAAGCACCAAGAGCAAAUCUAUCACGAUUUACUUAUCAAUUAAUAGUUAGAUUUCCAGAAUUCUUAAAACCUGAUAAUAGAAAUUAUGGACAAUUCUUAGACUCUACACUCAUUCUAUCGGUUACCAUUGUUAUUGGAUUAUUUUUAAUCGGUGAAACUUUAACUCAAAUGAGGAGGAGUAAACAAGGAAAAUAUUGCGGUUUAAUCUUACACGGAGCGUUACACAAAGAAAUCUAUAUUGUUCGAAUUGCCUCGACCAGUGUAUUUUUAUCCUUUCCAUCUCUGAUUUUUCUACUAUCCAUGAUAGGAAGUGGUUUACCUCCUAUUACUACUCAAGUUUGCUUUUAUAUAACAACGUUUGUUGAAUAUUUCAUUGAAGAAAAUUACUUCUACAUGCUUAUUCCAAGAUUGUUAAUUACUCAUAUCAAUUUUGGAAAGACUUUAAGAAAAGCUCUUCAUGAUAAAGACGACGAAAUAUUUCAAGAAAUGAGCCAUAUGAUAGCAAAUUUGCUUAUAUAUUUAUUUUUACUAUUUUUCACCGCUCAUAUAGCACCUGCUCCACAUGGUCUCGGUUUGUCUUGGAACUUUUUAUUCUCCUCUAAGUAUUGGAUGUGUAGAUUUGAAAGGGAACAUUGUCAGUCAGAUGAUUAUUAUAGGGAAUAUUCUUUAGCUGUACAGUUAGAUAAUAUUCAAAAGAUUGUACAAAAGGGAGUUUUAAGAACAGAAACAGUUGCCCCAUUCUCCAUGAAAAUUCCUACUGAUGAAAUAACCGUAAUCCUAGGUCCACCAAAGAGCGGAAAGUCAGCUUUAGCGGAGAUGAUAUCUUCUAAUACUUUGCCUACUUCUGGUGACAUAACAGUAUGUGGUAUAAAUACAAAAGAUCAAAGAUCAAAGAGUUUAAUUAGCUUAUCUAAAGAUUACGAUCUUAUUUAUUCUAAUUUAACUAUUGCUGAAAAUAUUGAAUUCUAUCAUAGUCUGAAAGGAAUUCAAGCAAUUUCAAACUGGAGUAAUUACGAUAAAAUGCCUAGACUAUUAACUAAGAAAGGGAAAUUAGGUAUUGACUACGUUCUGCAACAAUUCGAAAUGUUAGAAAAUUCCAAAGCUUCUUGUUACACAUCUGAUGACAGAAUUAUUCUCAAUUUUUGUAUAGCGUUGACAGGUCAGUCAGAGAUAAUUGUUAUUGAUCAUUUACUAUCAAAAAUGAUUGAUUUUCGGAAAAGGCAACGUUUAUGGGAUACGAUAAAAGAAUUAAAAGUCGGUAGGGCGAUCAUACUCACAAGUACAAAUAUGUCCGAAGUAAGAAUAUUAGAUUGUAGGACUAUAUGUCUAAUUGCAAAUGGGGUUGUUCAAUUUGUCGGAUCACAAAGAUCAUUUGCAAAAACUUAUGGAAUAGGCUACGAACUGUCUUUUAACUUUACAACUGAAUUAGAUAUAGAUUAUCUAAAUACUAUGGUUUCUUCAUCAAUUAGGAAAUUAUCAAUAAUAAAAAAAGAAAAAAAUACGAUUUCGUAUCGUUUACCUUUCAAUUCCUCCAAUAAGUUUGCCGAACUUUUCUCUAAGGUUUAUAGAGAAGAUAGAAAUUUUAAUCUACGUCUUAUAUCAUACGACGACGUCUACGAUAAGAUAUAUAAGGGAGAAUUAAGAAUAACAAGUGAUAAUAAAGAUGAUUAUCAUAUUGAAACAUUUACCGCUAUGAUGAUGUAUGGAAAAUCUAAGCUAAAAAAUAUUAAAUAUUAUACUAAUUCGAAAACUACUGAAAUGAAACAGAAAUUGUUAGCUCUUGUCGAAUACAGGUUGUCAGUAUAUAUUAGAUUAUGGCCAAUACUAUUACUUUUAGCCCUUAGUCCAGUAUUUGGGGUAAUUGUUUGGACUCAGGGCGAUAAUCCCACCGAAUUCCUUAAUUGGCCUCCAAUAGAAUUGAGCGCUGGAACCUAUGCUUCUAAAGAUUGCGAGGUUCCUUAUUUCGCAAGUCCGUCUUUAAGAAAAUUAAGUAAAAUAAUUGGAAAUCACCUUAAAUACUAUAAUAUACCAUUGAAGAAUGUUAGCGCUCACCUAAAGAACAAAACUGCCAGAGAAUUCGAACAGAAACUUCAACAGUUGCGAAUUAAGCAUCAAGGAUAUUUUAACCAAAGAUAUUUUCUUGCUUAUUUAUUCUUACCCGGAGAGAAGGUUACUUUAGCAGCUUUCUAUUCCUCUUCGGCUUUACAUUCUCCCGCUGUGGCUGUUAACACGAUAUCUAAUACUUUACUGAAGAAUUUCGCGGGAGAACAAUUUUCUAUUAUCGCUCGAAAUUAUCCACUACCUCCUAGGAUAAAAGCUAUUACUACUUUCAAUAAAGCAACUGGCCAAUCUAAAUUAUUAUGGUCUCAUUUAAGGGCUAGGAUAUUAACUUAUUCCCUAAUAAUAUUUUUAGGGAGAGAUUAUCUAAGGGAACAACUUGGUGGAUCGAAAUUUAUGUGCAUGAACUCAGUAGCCCUUUUAGCUCCUCAAGUAAUUUUGGCUAAAUCUAACCAAAUUUUUCAUAUAAAUUAUUACCAUAAACUACAAUGCAACGAAAGGCUAAUACGUAGGGAACAAUGUAAAAAUGAACCAUUGCGAAUUAGACAGACAUUAGCUUGCUGUCAGGAAUGUCGAGGUAGUCAUUGCGUAAGAUAUGCUGACAAUAUAUUAUCAUUUGCAAAACCUGGUCUUGGAAGAUUUUGCAUAAUCUUUAUGAUACAAACUUUCAUUGCGAUGAUGCUACUAAUUCUUUUACAAAGUCAUCGACCUGUUUUACAAACAAUAUUAGAAAAAAGAAUGAAGUUAAGUAGACUUAAAAGCGAAGAUCUAUCAUUGCAUGCAAGUGCAAUUAAAGAGAGAAAAAGUAUAAUACUGUGUCCAAAAUUCGAGCAAACGGACUAUGAUGUUGUUGCUCAAAAUAUAACAAAAUACGACAUACAAUCGUUAAGUAAAAUCAAUAGAGAAAUUAAACUUGAAAAUGUUUAUCUCAGUAUUAAAAGAGGGGAGCUAAUGUGCUUAACAGGAUUGAAAAAUAGUGGAAAAACAACUUUUUUAAGAAUAAUAGCUGGUUCAAUAAAACCUAGUAAAGGUGUUGUUUACUUUAGAAAGAACAUGCAGAAAAGCUAUUUUGACAAUAAUAUAAUUCCAGAUGGAGAGUUAACUGUUGCAGAAACUUUAAAUUUUGUUGCCAGGCUUCGUGGAAUAUCGAAGAAAGCUGCUAAAUCACAUGUAAGAAAUAUAUCAAAUCUCUGCGCUCUAAAACCAAUGAUGAAUAUGAAAGUUGAUACGGUAUCUGAAUCAACAAAAAAGAGGCUUGUCCUCGCUUCAACAAUUAUCGGCUUUCCACAACUACUAGUUAUCAGAGAUCCUUCAACGAAUAUCGACUUUCAGUCAAAGAAAAUCUUUAUGAAUCUCUUAGGAAUGUUGAAAGCAAGGGGCCAUACUAUUGUAUUAAGUACUGAAAAUCCAGUAGAAUUUGAGAAUUUGGCCGAUAGAAUGGCAGUUUUUUGUGUAGGAGUACUUAGAGCAGUUGGACCAGCUCCGUAUCUUCGCCAAUGCUUUUGCCCCGGAAGUAGAAUUCGUAUAUCAAUGACAUUUGACAGUACUAGGCAAAUGAAAAUUGAUAGACAAUCAAUAUCUAGGUGGCUCCAAAUUCAUGUUCCCGACUCAGUGAGAUAUCACGUUGAUUUAUUACAAGCUCGCCUAUACUUUAGCGUCCCACCAAACGUAUCAAUAGGUCAAUUGUUUGCAUCUAUGGAAAAUAUGAAAGAGGUUUAUACUUGUAUCAGAGAAUACGAUAUUGGGGAACAUACUUUCGAAUCUGUAAUAUUUUCAGUAUCUUACAUAAGAUCCUUAAAUUCAAUGGAAAAUUUAAUGAAAAAGUAG